AUGGAAUUGUCAACUGAACAUCAAUCAAUUGAUCAAUGUAUGUUGAAACAUGAAUUAAUCAAACAAAUUUAUCUGAUGAUUGUAGAUAUGAUGUGCAGAAGUAAACUUUAUCAAUCUAUUGAACAAAAGAUACUCAUGGGAGAUGAAAUCAAUAUGGAAUUGUCAACUGAACAUCAAUCAAUUGAUCAAUGUAUGUUGAAACAUGAAUUAAUCAAACAAAUUUAUCUGAUGAUUGUAGAUAUGAUGUGCAGAAGUAAACUUUAUCAAUCUAUUGAACAAAAGAUACUCAUGGGAGAUAAUCAACAACUACAUGACAAUUUCCGUAGACUUGAUGGUCUACUACGAGAUCGAUAUGGUAGAAUACGUGUAUGUAACAUUUAUUUAUGUGAGUAUAAUAAUUCUUCUCUGGAUGUACAUUGA